AUGAAAAUUCCUCAAAUACUAGAUGACUUAUUUGAUUCAGUACCAUUGAAAAUCAUUCAUGAAAGUGACAACGAUAUUCAAAUCAAGUCUCCAACACCAUUGUCAAACUCAGUACCACUAAUAUUGGGAGUAUACAACACAUUUCAUUACAAAGAUAUAGAACUACCUACAGAUCCAAUUUCAUUAGCUACGUACCUUAGACUAAUUCAAAAGAAUGAUUUAAAGCUAACAUCAUCAUCAACUGGCUUAACAAAAAUUCCAUUUCGUGGAUCACCAUACAAUUCACUACCGAUAUUGAUUGGAGAUUCUAUUGAAAGUAUACAAAAAAUUCAAAAGAACAUAGCUAAACAUUACAAAGGCGAAGAAUUUUUCAUCAACGACUUUUUGGAUACCAAAUUAUACAAUCUAUGGAUAACUUGUCUUUUGACUGAAAAAUUUGAUGAUGAAAUUUAUCACAAAUUGUUUGAUGUAAAAGACUUUGAAAUUUAUGAUUUAAAGAAAGAAAUACCCAAUUGGAACGACUUUAAAGUACGAUAUCCUUCAUUAAACUUAAAGAAAUUCUACAAUCUACAACUAAAUGAAUUCACGGAGUACAUGGAUUUGGAUAAUCUCAAAUUAGCAUCAUUCAUCAUUAUAAUAAAUGAGUUUCUUCCUUUCACAGAAAUUGGAAAAUUAAUACCGCCAGAAAUUGUAGAGAGAAGCUACAAAGUAUUGAAUAAUUCAUGA